GAAAUCCCAGAAACAUGUCUUCGGGCCAAAAGAAGCUCUUUGGCAGGGAAAGACCUCUUCGUGAUGUUUUAGGUGGAGGAAAAGUUGCUGGUAUCGUCCUAUGGAGAGACAAACGCUUGUCUGCAGCUAUACUCAUUGCGGUCACUGUUGUGUGGCUGCUCUUCGAGGUCAUGGAGUACAAUCUCCUGCCACUUCUUUGCCACAUCUCGAUAGCAGCAAUGCUUCUCGUCUUCAUAUGGUCCAAUGGUGCAGCUCUGCUUGACCUGACACCUCCGAAGAUCCCUGAGCUCAUCUUAUCUGAGCAAGCCUUCAGGAAAGGGGCACUGCUCUUCCAUUCCUAUCUCAGUCACAGCCUCUCCAUACUCCAUGGUAUUGCAGGUGGCAAUGAUCUCAGACUGUUCCUCUUGACAAUCAUCUCUCUCUGGAUCAUCUCGGCGAUAGGAAACUGCUGCAGCUCCAUAAAUCUCCUAUUUUUCGUGCUUCUUUGCUCGCUGACUCUGCCGGCUUUGUACGAGCGAUAUGAACGUGAAGUGGAUCAUGCAGCCGCCAUGGGAAUCGACGGCCUCCAGCAGGUGUUCAAGAAAGCCAAUUCGAAGGUCCUCGAGAAAAUUCCCAGAGGACCAGCCAAGGCAAACAAAUCCAACUGAGAUGCAGCAGGAACUGCUAAAUUAUAUGUUAAUAGGAGAUUUAACAUGCAUGAAAUUAAACUGCCAAGCCAGUGUAUAAGAUAAAAUAGCGUUCUAAUUAUAAUGGAGUGUGUGUUGACA